AUGAAUGCUGGACAGUUCCAUUGUGAUGUUUGUGGCCAAGACUGUUCCAAUAGAGUCAGGAUAUCGUGUGCAGAAUGUACUGAAUAUGACUUAUGUGUUCCAUGUUUCUCAUCAGGGGCAUCCAGUGGGAGUCACAAACCAUAUCAUGAUUAUCGUAUCAUAGAACAGCCUGUUUUCCCAAUAUUUGAUGAAGAUUGGGGUGCAGAUGAGGAGUUAUUGUUGGUGGAGGGUGCCCAAACUUGUGGUCUUGGUAAUUGGAGCGACAUUGCUAAACAUAUUGGUGGGAGAUCUAAACAAGAGGUGAAGAAACAUUACUUUGAGAUGUAUUUGAACUCUCCAUCGUAUCCUAUUCCUGCCAUGGGUAAAGAUUUUUCAUAUGUUACCCCAGAAUCGUUUGCUCAGCGAAGAAAAAAAAGAUUAGAAGAGCGAUUAAAUGCUCCAUUACCGCCACCAAUUCCAAAACCGCCGUCCUCUGUUCCUUUAUGUCAUGAAAUUCACGGAUACAUGCCUGGUAGAUUGGAGUUUGAACAAGAAUAUGAAAAUGAUGCUGAACAAACGAUCAAGGAAAUGAUUUUCGAUCCAGAUGAUAAGGAAGAUGAUAUUAAAUUGAAGCUCACGAUAUUAGAAAUUUAUGACGCAAGACUAUCGGCAAGAGCAGAAAGAAAAAGAUUGAUGUUGAGGUAUAAGUUGUUGGAUUAUAAAAGGAACAUGGAAAAUGAAAAAAGAAAACGCAGAUCAAAAGAAGAAAAGGAUUUGUAUAAUCGGUUGAAAGCAUUUACGAGAAUCAUGACCCCAGAAGAUUUCAAAGAUUUUUCGGAGGAUAUCAUCGGCGAGUUCAGUCUAAGAAACAAAAUUGCCCAAUUGCAAAGUUGGCGAAAUGCUGGCUUGACCACCAUUGACGCUGGUUUGAAGUAUGAGAAGGAUAAGAUUGUUCGGGCCAAUCAGCUACAGAGGGCUGCCAAUUCUGGUGGUACUAGACAUAGUAGAACAAGUUCUAGUGCUUCUGACAGAUAUUUAAACGAGUUAGUGGGGGCAAAUAAUUUAACUUAUCAAUCGGCAACUUCUACGAACAAUGCAUAUAACAGUUCAAUAAAUGGUAGUGGUGUUAUUAAGACCACAAAAAAGAAUGCAUUAGUACCGUUGGAUAUUACCCACGCUCCAGACUACGAAUUAUUAUCUCCAGAAGAACAAAAAUUAUGUUCAAACUUGAGAAUCCGCCCAAAACCUUAUUUGGCAAUCAAAGAAACCCUCUUCAGAGAAUUGGUUCGGUCUGGUGGUAUGCUAAAGAAGCGAACAGCCAGGGAGAUAUUGAAAAUCGACGUUAACAAGACCUCUAAAAUUUAUGAGUUCUUUGUCCAGCAAAAAUGGAUCAAUCAAAAUUAA